CAGAGCUCCAGGAGUGAAGAACGCCACCAUCGCACGCUCUGCUCUUCUGAUUGACAGGCCUGAUUAAGAGACAGUAAGCCAAACCCACUCGUGAGAAACCUAUAAAGCCUUUCAGCUCUUGUCUGGUAACAUAGUAGGAGCAGCCAUGUCUCAUGAAUGGGGAUACGGAGCAACUAACGGACCUGACUUCUGGGCAGACAAUUUCCCUAUAGCUAAUGGGCCCAGACAGUCCCCCAUUAACAUUGUCCCAAAGGAGGCCCAAUACAACUCCUCCCUGAAGGCUCUAAAACUCAGAUAUGAUCCCUCCAACGCCAAAGGCAUUCUUAACAAUGGACACUCCUUCCAGGUGGACUUUGUGGAUGACACAGACAGCUCCACCCUCACUGGAGGUCCUAUUUCUGGAACCUAUCGUCUGAGGCAGUUUCAUUUCCACUGGGGAGGCAGUGACGACAGAGGCUCCGAGCAUACUGUCAACGGCAUCAAAUUCCCCUGUGAGCUUCACUUGGUCCACUGGAACACGAAGUAUCCCAGCUUUGGAGAGGCAGCUGACAAGCCUGAUGGACUUGCUGUGGUCGGGGUUUUUCUAAAGAUUGGUGCUGCCAACCCCCGACUUCAGAAAGUUCUGGAUGCCUUGGAUGUUAUUAAGAAUAAGGGAAAGCAGACAACCUUUGCUAACUUUGAUGCAAAGACUCUUCUUCCUGGUUCUCUGGAUUAUUGGACUUAUGAUGGCUCUUUGACGACUCCACCCCUCUUGGAGAGUGUCACCUGGAUUGUGCUCAAGGAGCCAGUCAGUGUCAGCCCUGCACAAAUGGCCAAGUUCCGAAACCUUCUCUUCACUGGAGAAGGAGAGGCUCCAUGCUGCAUGGUUGACAACUAUCGGCCCCCUCAGCCUCUCAAGGGACGUCAGGUCCGUGCCUCCUUCAAAUAAACACUGCUUCACCAUCAUAUCAUCCUUGUCUAUUAUGCUAUCAGUCCUUUGGUAAAAAUUCUGUCCACUUACUACCAAUGAGAAAGGAAUCCUCAUUUUAUCAGUAACACGCUAAAUACACAUGCUGUUUUCUUUAGCCAUUCUGUAAUUGGUAUUUGAAAUAUAUUCUUCCUGAUAGUGUUAAUUGAUGUGUACCAAGUUAGUCUGUUUUAUCAUAGACAAAAUCUUUUCAAUAUGGAGUCUUAAUUUUAAACCUUGGAGUCCUUCGAAUUUUAUAUUCUAAAAAUAAAUGUUACAUUUGUAUUAUUAUUCAAAUUCCAUAAUAUUUUAGUUACCAUCGUACUCAUUGAAAACACAGACAUCCCAGACAUCUUAAACAGUUGGCAUCAUUUCUGCUUUAUGCAAUUCAGAAACACAUUUAGCCAAUUUUAAUUUGAUCUAGAGCCUGUUUAUUGGCAAAAGACAUCUCCAUCUUUUUUAAAACAAUUUUUAAAAAUUUUGCCUUGUUUAAAAAUGAAACCCUUUUUCAACUUAUUGAAACCCUUUCUAUGCAUUUGAUUGUGUUUUGAGUUGUGCUACAGCUGCCAAGAUUGUCAACGCUAAUGUUUUUAUCCGAUGCCUUAUUUUUUUACUUUGCUGUAUCCGCAUUUUCUGUCAUUGCUGUGCUGACCACUUUAUCUCAGUGGUCAGACCAGCAAUGACAGAAAAUGUGGAUACAGCAUUUUUUAGUGGUGAUAGGUCCCACUACAGACCCUACAGCACUGGGAGCCACCAGCCAUCAAGUAGCACUUUUAUGCAAGCAGAAUAACUUUAAUCACUACAAUGCUGUGGAAUGCUGCAGUUCUCCCUAUGUUUUCAUCCAGCCUGAGGCCAUGUCAACACAAAUGCAUGUAAUCAGAACUAAAUUAUUUUACUUUUUGUUGGGCUUCCAUCCAUCUUAGAUAAAUAUGACUUUUUUUUUUUCAAAUAUCUGUUAAAGCUACACUGACACAUUGCACUACUGUGGUCAUAAAUUCAUUCUGGCAGUGGCUCUACAGCACAGUCUCUUGAUUUUUAUAAGAAGUUUGACAGCUGAACUACCAAUCACGUCAGUGCAUUAAAUGAUGUCUGUAAGACUCACGUUUCAAAUAAUUUAGGGUCAGUUUACUACUAAAUGCACUAUUAACACAUCAGUUAAAUUUUUAAAAAUGUAAUUCUAUUUUUGCAAUGUCUAUAGUUAGUUCUUCAGUUAACUAAACGUAUAUCAUUAGCAGGUGUUGUUAAGAGACCAGAGCAAUGCUACUUUUUGGUUUUUAUAUAGAAUGUUAAGCUUUUAGGGUGUGUCUAUAGUCAAAUAACUUUAAGCCCUUGAAGUGCAUCUUUUAAAACUGCUGCCACAUGACAACUGGGAAAUAAUGUUUUGUGUGAAUCUAUCAUGUCAUAAAAGAAGUUUAUCAAUAAAAACAUAUAACUUGCAAA